AUGGCCUAUUACGACCUCGUCACUAGCGAAGCCCUCUUUGCCAAGUACACGCCCGGGGGGGCAGAGAGCUUCGACUCUCUAUAUAAGUCGGACGACUUUGAGGGUGGCGUGAGUCGCUGGGACACGGCACACUUAUUUGCGAGCCGAGUCAUCUGCGCCAAACCUCAGAAGCGCCUCGCCCUCUUUUCCGACAGAAAUUUCCCAGACUCUGUAGGGGGAGUCCAUGUUUGCAUCGACCGUCUGGUUGACGGACCAACUGCCGGCUUCAGAGACAAGUAUGAGCACCAGAUUGUCCGGCAGCAGCAGCAGCCAGACAGUCUCGGCUAUGUCUAG